GAUGAUCGUUUUCCCCCCUGCGGGCGAUCGGGGCGUUACGUGCCUUCUAGUAUCGGUUGAUAUUCUUGCGCGGGCCGUCGAGUGGAAAAGAAGAAAAAUACUCGCUCGUACUGUCGGGUGGUGAAAUCCAAAGUUCCUUCCUAUCUGCUUUCUGGUGCUUGGUGUGAAGGGUUUUGCGUGAUUAUUUUUUUUGGAGAAUGUAACCGAUCGGAAAAAGGUGGAAAACGAAAACCUACAACUUUUCAGAUGACUAAUGCCAUGUUAAUUAUUGUAAUGCGUUGAAGUGAUUUUUAGACAUGAUAACGAUUCUGUGAUACAGCUAGAUUGUAGAACAAAGCUCUGUGAGGAGUUGAAAGUGAUUGCUUAACCUAUGCCGGUGAAUCAAUGAUUAACCAUCAGCUUAUACCGCAGUACGAAAAACCGAACAGCAGUCAGAUACGCCUGUCGAAUUAGCAAGGAUAGUUUGCAAGAAGUCCUUUCAAAAUGAAGACAAACAUAUUCAUCCACAUCGUCUUGCUGGUGUCAGCGGUCCGAGCAGCAUCCAAGUAUUACGACGGCCCCAUCCGACCGUACGAGUUUGGCUUCAACAUCGAAGGUCACCAGCAUCGGAAAGAGUCGAAAGACAAAAAUGGCAUCGUCAUGGGAGAGUUCGGUUUCAUCACGGCUGACAAUGUGUACCACGUGACGGUUUACGCAACCGACGAGAAUGGCAAUUUCAAAAUUGUCAGCAUGAAAAACUACAAACUGGGACCGACAGCUCCCCCUCCUACCACCAGUGCCCCAACGACCACGACUGCGGCCCCCACCACCACCACGACUACAUCGACCACCCCGCAACCCUUUAGAAUAAUCACCACUGCCAAGCCGCUGACGACUGCAAAACCAUCGGGUUUCGCUGCCUGUUCCGGUUGCAAAAUUCCUGAAACAACCACCACGGCACCAGCAACAACAUCAACGACGGAACCCGCACUGCCCGAAACCAGUACCCAGUAUGUUCCUCCAUUCAAAAUAGUCAACAAAAACGACAUCGAAAGUGUUACUACAGCAAAACCCAUCACUACCACUGCCUCUCCCUCGGCAAACGAUAAAUCAAAGUCCGAUCCAGAGGAAACACCGCAAAAGCUCGUCGACAAACAACCAAACACGAAAGCUCCCAGCUCGAAAGAGUCGAAAAAACCUCAGCCACAGUCCCCCGAUGGUAUGCAAACGUUCAGCAAGCCACCGUCCUCCCAACCACUCGAACCACCACCCACCAACGAGGGCGGCAAGCCAGGCAACGCUGGAAACGUCCAAGCCGCCAAUUUCAAACCAUCCAAAUCAUCGUCGACUACACCACCUUCGGGCUCCGGUGGAAAGUUCGAUCACGUCAACACUGCCAACAUGAUGAUCCAGCACAUUCUGAAUGGUUUGCUGUACCGGUUCAACUACACCGUCGGCUACCACGGGCACCACGAGCAGGGAGACCGGCAGGGUAACAAGGAAGGAGGAUACUACGCCGUCGGACGGGAUGGCAUUCGCCGAGGUGUAACGUACAAAGCGAAUGAGUUUGGAUUCCAGCCGCAUAUCAAAUUCGAAAAGGUCAGCCCGGAGGAAACGCCCCGGGAGGAUACGGAAAAGCAGGCCGGCCUGAAAGGGUUCGACUUCAAGUGGUUCUGGGGAGAGUCGUGAUGGAUGCCGUGAUUGUGUGAUUUGAAAUUCCGUAGAAACAGUUCGAUUGAUGAUAGUUGUAUGUUUUAGGAAUAAGAUUCGCUGGAAAAGAAUAAUACUCAGAAAGUUUCGACUUGUACAUAAUCAUAUUUAAAAAGCAUGUUCGAUAUUGUAGCCUAAAUUUCGUCAAAUAAAAACAUCUUUAUACAUGGUA